AUGCGCCUCCUCCCCGCCCUCCUCGUCUCCGCGGCCGUUGCGGCCGCCUCCCCAGCCUACCUCGUUGGCAGCGCUGUCGAGCGCGCCCUCGCCGCCCGCCAGGCUGCGGGGACCACCACCAACGGCGCGUUUGACCUAGGCCUGAUCCCGGCCAUUUGCGACACGCCGUGCGCGACGUACAAGGAGAUCUUUGGCACCUGCCCCGGCGACCCGUCGAACGCUGUCUGCGCCAAGGCGUGCAACCAAUCCGUUCACAACGAGUUCAUCGUCUGCACCUCGUGCCUCGUCAACGACGGCCCCGCUGCUGGCAUGGCUCAGCACGAAAUCGACAUCCUCAACAUUGCCCAGCAGCAGCUCGUGCAGCAGUGCAUCGACAUGGGCACCCCUCAGUCCUUCGCCGGCACUGUCCAGCUCCCGUCGACCGUCGCGUACCCGUCGGGUAUCGUCAACGCAACCUACUCGGUGUCGCAGGUCUCGUCGGCCCCCCAGUCGACGCCUCCUCCGUCCGCCUCUGCGCCCGCCGCCGCUUCGUCGACGCCCGCCAACAGUGCCGGCAUCAUGCGCCCUGCUGCGGCCGUUGGCGCAGUCGUUGCUGCUGCCGCCCUUGUCGCGUUCUAA